AUGGAGAGUGGAGUUAGAAAAGAAAACAAACCCCCUUUGAUCUCCUCUUUAAAUCUUCAACAACAGCCUCCUUUGACCAACCCUAGCCCAUUAUGGAAGAUCAUAAUGGUUGCAUCCAUAGCUGCUGGUGUUCAAUUUGGUUGGGCACUACAGCUCUCUUUGUUAACCCCAUAUGUGCAACUUCUAGGCAUUCCUCACAAAUGGGCUGCUUUCAUUUGGCUCUGUGGGCCGGUUUCUGGUAUGUUAGUCCAGCCAAUAGUGGGGUACCUCAGUGACCGAUGCACCUCCCGUUUUGGCCGCCGCCGCCCAUUUAUAGCGGCGGGGGCUGGUUUUGUCGCAAUUGCUGUGUUUCUCAUUGGCUAUGCCGCUGACAUCGGCCAUCUCUCUGGUGAUUCCCUAGCCAAAACAGCUAAGCCACGAGCCAUCGCUGUGUUUGUGGUAGGGUUUUGGGUUCUUGACGUUGCUAAUAACAUGCUUCAAGGUCCAUGUAGGGCAUUUCUUGCUGACCUUUCAGGGACUGAUCAGAAAAAGACACGGACAGCCAAUGCUUUCUACUCUUUCUUUAUGGCUGUUGGCAAUGUUCUUGGCUAUGCAGCUGGUUCCUACACUCACUUAUACAAAAUUUUUCCAUUUUCAAGAACCAAAGCUUGUGAUGUUUACUGUGCAAAUCUCAAAUCUUGUUUCUUUAUUUCUAUUGCCUUGCUUUUAGCGUUGACAAUUCUAGCUCUCAGUUACGUACGUGACAAACCCUGGUCGCCGGAGGGAAGUUCCGGUGAUGGCGGUGACCAGGAGGAGGAGAGUGGAGAAGCCAAAGAGUCGGUGCCAGGGCCAUGUUUUGGGGAAGUAUUUGCUGCUUUCAAGAGCUUGCAAAGACCUAUGUGGAUCCUACUUUUGGUGACGUGUCUUAAUUGGGUUGCUUGGUUUCCUUUUGUGUUGUUUGAUACUGAUUGGAUGGGGAGAGAGGUCUACGGUGGCGAUUCAAGUGGAAGUGCUGAUCAGCUGAAGAUGUAUGAUCGUGGGGUCCGUGCGGGUUCAUUGGGGUUGCUGCUCAACUCAGUUGUUUUGGGAUUUACUUCACUUGGCGUGGAGGUUUUGGCUCGUUCGGUUGGUGGGGUUAAAAGGCUGUGGGGGAUUGUGAAUUUUGUCUUGGCUAUUUGUAUGGCACUGACUAUUUUGAUCACCAAAUUUGCUGAAUCUAGCAGACGGUACACCACCGUGAAUGGAGGAACACACCUCUUGCCGCCGCCUGGUGGUGUCCAGGCUAGUGCCUUAGCCCUUUUUGCCGUUUUGGGCAUACCUCAAGCUAUAACUUACAGCAUCCCUUUUGCUUUGGCAUCGAUCUUUUGUAACACCGCUGGUGCUGGCCAAGGGCUUUCUCUUGGAGUUCUCAAUCUUUCAAUAGUUAUACCACAGAUGGUGGUGUCUGCAGCAGCUGGACCUUGGGAUGCCCUUUUUGGAGGAGGUAAUCUUCCAGCUUUUGUUGUAGGAGCUGUUGCAGCUGCGGUGAGUGGAAUAUUAGCAUUCACCUUGCUCCCAUCUCCUUCCCCUGACGUCCCCUCAAACAAAAUGACUGUCACUGCUGCAUUCCAUUGA